AAGAAACAAUUUAUUGUUGAUGAUUGGACGGUGACCGUUACGUCAUUUGAAUGACGACCGCAGCUUUCUCAAGCAGCAACACGCGACACCAGUUCUUCCUGGUAGGAGCUAUCAAGAAAUACCGGGAGGGCUGAGCUGUGUAUUAAUUUACAUACUCUUAAUGGAUUCUUCAUGUUGAUCCCGGCUAUUUUGAAGCUGAGUCGAGCGGAGGUGCGUGUGAGGAGUCUGGCGGCUCAUCUGGGCAAAGUAGCAAUGACAACCGCUGCUUCUAGUGACGAGGCUCCGACUGCUGCCAUCCUCAUCAUCGGGGAUGAGAUACUCAAGGGCCACACGGUGGACACCAACAGCGGCUUUCUUACGCGAGCGUUGCGGAAGCUCGGCGUGUCCGUGCAACGCAUCACAGUCAUUCCGGAUGUCCAGGAUGUCAUCGCCAAAGAAGUGGCUCUCCUUUCUUCUCAGCAUACCCACCUCAUCACCUCGGGGGGCAUCGGGCCCACCCACGACGACGUCACCUUUGAAAGCAUCGCCAUGGCCUUCAACGAGGAGGUCUAUCUCCACCCUGAACUUUCGCAGCUGGUGGAGGAGUUUUUUGGCACGGUGGACAAAAGCAGCCCGGCGAUGAAGUUAGCCAUGGUGCCCAGAUCGGCCAAACUCAAUUUUGGAACAGAUGCUCAGACGGGGAAGCCCCUCCGUUAUCCACUGGUGAGCGUGCGUAAUGUGUACAUCUUCCCAGGAAUUCCAUCUCUAAUGGAGAGAGCCUUUAAUGGGUUGGAACACCUUUUCGCUAGUUCAGGAACCACUUUUCACACUCGUGAGGUGUUUGUGGCUGAGGAUGAGACCGCCAUCGCCCCGGUGCUCACCAAGCUGCAGGCCUCCUGGGGUCGCAAAGUGGCCCUCGGCUCCUACCCAGACUGGCUGAGCAACUACCACCGAGUCAGGCUGGUCCUGGACUCGGACAGCCAGGAGGAGGUGGACAAAGCUCGAGCGCUGCUGAUCGAUUUGCUGCCGACAGGGAGCGUGGUGCCUUUAGUGAAGGAUCCCGUGUCCAUUGCCACGGCUGAAGUGUACACGUUAGCUAACACCGGCUCACCGCUGGGGGAGAAAGUCGCAUCUGCCUUGAAGACAGUCGAAGCGGCGCUAGAUCGGUAUUCCAUGGAGGAAGUCUGCAUCGGCUUUAACGGCGGCAAGGACUGCACGGCGCUGUUGCAUCUCUACUACGCUGCACUGAAGAGACGCUACCCGGAAAGUAAAGACAAAGUGAAAGCCCUUUACAUUCGCAUCGUCUCUCCGUUCUCAGAAAUGGAGCGCUUCCUUCAGGACACCAUCAAAAGAUACGACUUGGAUCUGUUCUCCGUGGAGGGCAGUAUCCGCCAGGCGCUGAGCGAGGUGCAGGAACGGCGACCCGAGCUGAAAGCCGUCUUGAUGGGCACCAGGAGGAGCGACCCUUACUCUCACACGCUAACCCCCAUGUGCCCCACGGACCCCGACUGGCCGACUUAUAUGAGAGUCAACCCUUUACUGGACUGGACCUACCAUGACAUUUGGUCCUUCUUGAGAACAUUAUACGUUCCCUAUUGCAUUCUUUACGAUAAAGGGUACACGUCCCUGGGCAGCAUGGACAACACGUGUCGAAACGCGGCGCUGCAAGUGGUGGAUGAAAGAGGAGUGAAGCGCUUCCAGCCAGCCUACCUAUUAGAAAAUGAAGAAGAGGAGCGGAAUUCCCGUGCCUGACACUUACACGCCUGUACACAAACAUGUUUUUGUUUUCAAAGUCCGUUCAGUUGCAGAAAUAGCCGUUCAAAAAAAAAGAACUGUAUUUGUAAAUGCUAAAGUGUGUCUUACUGAGCUAUAAGCUUUUUACGCUGCUGAAUAAAGUAAUCAAAUUGUCUUUA